CUUAAUGAGUUAAUCUUAGCAUUAAUUUAUUGUUUUGAUGGGAAUCUUGCCAUUAUUGAGUACUUCGUAUACAUCAUACUACACGAAGACAAAAGUCACAAGAUAACUACAAAAGUACGAAGCGGCAAGCGGCAGCAAUGUGAGAGAUAACCUUAAAAAGAAAGAAAGAAAGAAAGAAAGAAAAGGUUAUCACAGCUUUGGCUCAGCUCAGUUCACCAUGGAGCAACAUCACGACGAACCCAUUGAACAAAGCUAUAACACUACUGUCGUCGUAUAUGAAAAUGAAGAGAAGAAGCUGAAGCACUUGGAUUUUGUGGAAGCAACGGUGGAAAACAUGGUUGUUUUCGUCACUAGAGUUUACGAGCUUACUAAGGAACACAGUGGUUUCCUUGGACCUCGAGUUGAAGCCGUUGAAGGAUUUUUCAAGGCAAUCUUUGGACCUAUUUUUGACAACUUCCAUCAUGUCCCCUCCCACCUUCUUCAAUUCCUCGACCGCAAGGUAGACGAGUUUAUGUACGAGAUAGACUGGAAACAAGAGCCAUUGCCAGAGCUACUGAAAUACGUGACAAAGAAAUCCGCACAAGUGGCACGUGAGCUAGCCAUAGAGAUCCAAGCAACCGGGCUGCUGGAUGCAACAGCAAACGCUGCAAAGGAGGCUUAUUUGACUUACAAGCCAGUGGCCAAGGACAUGGUCAUCAAAUAUGAGCCAGUGGCUGAGGAGUAUGCAGUUAGGGCUUGGCAGCUGUGUAAACAAGUCCCAAUCCUCUCACAAAUGAGCCAGAUAAUGGUUCCAACCGCUGCAUUUUGGGCUGAUAGGUACAACCGAGUGGUGGAAUUAACAUCAGAGGGUGGGUUACCGAUAGCUCAAUACUUGCCUUUGAUCCCCCUUGAGAGGAUUGCUCAUGUGUUUUCUGAGGAAGCUAAUCAAAAUGGGUUUAUAGAGGGAAGUGGCAUUUAAAUGUUUACUAGUUUGUGUGAAUGUGUGUUAUCUUUGUACUGCAGUUUUUGCUCAAGAAUUUGGGAAAUUAUUACUUGACAAUGUGUGAAAUUAAGCCAUGAAUUCGUGGUAGUCUCUUCUUUCUAGGUUUGUAGCUUGA